UGGAAAGUAGGGCUGCCCCACGUGGAAAAACCAAAAGUUAAAAGCACACACCUUUCCACCAAUUGAGUGCUAUUUAAUUUGUCAGGGUUUAAAAAAAAAAGGUUGAGCAAAGGAAUGGAGAGACUGUGAAGGAAAGCAAGCGAGAGGGAGGGAAGGUGUGCUUCAAGGGAAAUAUUAAUGGCAAAGUGUAUGGUGGCAGAUACACAUUGAAGAAGUGCAAUAAAAGGGAGAUUGUUUCAGUUGGGUAGGUCUGAGUUUUUAUAAUGCUUUCAUUAAGUUUUCAACUUUGUGAAAGCUAACCAAAGCAAAUCACCCUUCCUCUCUCUAACCCACAAACUUGAUCUCUCCUUUGGUUGAAGGUUUUUUGUGCAAUCACAAACAACACCAUAAAUUAAUCUCCAAAUCGCAUGUGUAGUGCUUCAUCAUCAGCUCAUAAAUCUAAAGCAGGCAAUCAUGAUCUUGAUGCUGAAGGUUGAAAAGGGUCUGUGAGCUGCAGCAGCUUAAUUGAUCUCAACCACUCCCUUCCUCACCAUUAAUACUAUUAAAUAGAGAGAGCCUUCCUUCGUUUCUUUUUUCUCUUAACAAGUCGUUUUCCAACUUUCUUUUCUUGGUUUAGUGUUUAGGCAUGGAAAUAACCAUGAAAGUCAGAUUUUCUGUGCUAUUUGCUUUGCUAGUAAUGGUUUCCUAGCUAGCCUUAACGUUGUUGUUUUUACCCAUUUUUUUUCUUGGUGCUGAAAGAGAUAUGGGUAUUAUUAUCGGGAGAAAGAGAAGGUGCUCCUGUUCAACUCCUCGUGAGGACCAUCAUCUUCUCCUUCUCACUUUCUUUGUUGCCAUACUUCUACAAAGGGCUGUGGUUGAAUCUUCUACGCUAAAUUACACGAGGCAUAGGCAUAGCAGUACCCUUAGACUUGAAAGGAUUAGUAAGCACUUGAACAAGAUCAAUAAGCCUCCGGUGCUCACCAUAGAGAGUCCAGAUGGAGAUCUUAUAGAUUGUGUUCACAAAAGAAAACAACUGGCUUUAGAUCACCCCCUUUUAAAGAAUCACAAGAUCCAGAAAAUGCCAACGGAGAUGCCAAAAGGGAUGAAAGUGAUGAGAGUUGAGGAUGAUAUGGAAAAGGUGAGAGUGAGAGAGAAGGCAUGGCAAAUGUGGCACCUAAAUGGGACACGGUGUCCUAAGGGAACGGUUCCAAUACGGCGUAGCACAGUGCAUGACGUGAUGAGAGCAAAGUCUUUGUAUGACUUUGGGAAGAAACGCUCACGAGUUGAUUCCCUCUCUCGCCGCAACGAUGCACCCGAUAUUCUCAGCGGCAAUGGCCAUGAGCAUGCGAUCGCAUAUACGGGAUCAUCGCAAGAGAUGUACGGGGCAAAGGCCACAAUUAACGUAUGGGAUCCAUCAAUUCAAGUAAUCAACGAGUUUAGUCUAUCGCAACUUUGGAUCCUUUCAGGAUCCUUCGAUGGCACCGAUCUUAAUAGCAUCGAAGCUGGAUGGCAGGUCAGUCCGGAGCUCUAUGGUGACAGCAGACCAAGAUUGUUCACUUAUUGGACGAGUGACUCGUACCGGGCAACCGGAUGUUACAACCUUCUUUGUGCUGGCUUUAUUCAAACCAAUAGCAGAAUAGCCAUUGGAGCUGCCAUUUCUCCUGUCUCUUCUUAUGAUGGCAACCAAUAUGACAUCACAAUCCUCAUUUGGAAGGAUCCAAAAGUGGGGAAUUGGUGGAUGAGUUUUGGUGACAACACAUUGGUAGGGUAUUGGCCCGCAGAGCUAUUCACACACUUAGCAGACCACGCCACGAUGGUGGAGUGGGGAGGAGAGGUUGUGAACUCACGAACCAACGGCCAACACACCUUUACCCAAAUGGGCUCUGGGCACUUCGCAGAAGAUGGUUUCGGAAAAGCAAGCUACUUCCGGAACCUUCAGACCGUAGACACGGAUAACAAUCUGAGUUCUGUGCAGGGCAUCUCAACCUUAGCCGAAAAUACAAACUGUUACGACAUUAAGAGCUACUACAGCAACGAAUGGGGCACCUACUUCUACUACGGUGGGCCUGGGAACAAUCCACAGUGCCCAUGAUUAUAAACGUCUAUAACGUAUAUAUCAGAUUUACUUCAGUUUCAAAUUAGUCCAUCUCUAAAUACAAAACAAAAAGAAAAAAAAUAAUAGUCCAUCUCAAGUAAUAUCUUUUCUGUUACAUUCUUUAUUUGUACGUAAUUAUAGAACUAAUAUUGUGCUAUUUCCGCUCUUGUUUCUACCACUUCCACUAUUUUUUUUUUGUUUCGACCGAUGAAAGGGCCGGGAGAGGAAAUUUUGAGUUGUAAUUAACUCAACAAUAAUAAGGAAUUUGCAGAUUUGAACGGCUCAA